AUGUCGUCAAAUAACGAUAGUAAUAAUAUUGAAAAUAUUUCAAACACCCAAAUAAGUAGUACUAUUGGAAAUUUAUCGCUGAAUGAAACUUCUAAAUCAAUUUCUACAGCCGCUUUAGAUGAUAAUUCGAAACUCAAUGGUAGUGCUGUACUUUUUAAUGGUCAUUCUAACGAUGAAUUGUCUAAUAAACUUAAUGAACAAUCUAAUGAAGAGUUAAUUACUUUAAUUAACGAUACUUUACAUCAGGCUCUUAAAGAAGCUCAAAGAUUAAAUAGUAUUGUCGUUAAUUUUUUUUUCAAUCGAGACAGUACUGCCUAUAGAAGGAUUGUUAGAAGUACUUAUUUUAAUGAUAUUAUUUCUAAAAUUGCAAUACCUUUGAAAAUUCUUCAAGAUAGAAUGGAUGAUAGUGAAAAUAAUCCAAAAUUUUUGUUGAAUUCUGAAGACGCCAAGAUUGUAAAAGAAUAUUCAAAAGUCCACGAUCAAAUUAUGGCACACAUAGGAUUUUUAGAUUGCAUGCGUAAUACUUUCUGCCUCGAGGCCAAGGAUGAUUUCGAUGGUCUUUUAAAAUAUUCAGAUUGGAUUUGUUGUCUCAAUGAAGCUCAUGUUAAUAUUUCAUCAGCUCAACAAUCAGAAUUAUUACAUCGAGAUUUACAAACUUAUCUUAGACAUGUUUAUGAUUCCUUUUUAAGUAAUGAAAUAAUUAACUUUGAAGAAACUAUUACUUCGAUGUUCCGUACAUUAAUUGAUUGGAAUUUUACUGCAUCUGACAAAAUGUCAAAUUUUUCAAAAAUGGAGUUUAUAUUUAAUUUUAGUGGUCCUGAAAUUGAAAGCAUUCUUAUUGCAGCUUUUAAUACUGGAACUAUUGAUAUUAUAAUGAAUGACUUUAUGGAAGCAUUUUCGUGCUUUUUUGAUCAGUGCAUGAAGUUUUCAUUUAUUGAAUGUUACUCAAUUAUCGAAGGACCAAUUUCAACGGUUACUUUAACUGAAGACACUAAUCUUUCAGCAGGAACUGGUAAAGAUAUUAGAAGAAAGUGUACAAUGAAAUUUGCAGAAGGUUUUCCUGUAGAAUACCAAAUUAAACUAAAGAAUUUUAUUUCAAAAACAUCUGAGGAGGAUAUGCCUGUUAUUAAAUUAAAUUGCAUAAUUAAUUUUUUGGAACAAUUUCAUAAAGAUAUUGCAGAAAUCUUUAAAUCAGCUUCAUGUGAAAUUACAGAUGGUGGGCGUUUUUCUUUGUUAAGUUAUAUGGGAGAACACGGAUUAUCUUCUAAAAUUAUGGAAAGAAUUCACAAACAUUUUAGUGAUACUAUGAAAUUGAUUUUUAACAACCCAGAUGAUGUAAUAAAACUCAUUGAAAAAAUUGAUUCAGUCUUGACGUUAUACGUUUCAUCAGGUUUAGUUUCUGAUGAAAAUUGGAUUUCCUCUAUGGGUAUUGAUAGAAAGGACAGACUUACGGAAAGAAUGUGUGGAGAAAUUUUAAGUUGGAUCGUCGGUGUUCCAGAGUCAGCAAUCCUUCACCAUGUAUCUAGUUACAAAGAUGAUAUUUUGUGGAAAGUAGAUAGGUUGAAUAUAAAAACAAUUGUAGAUGAGCAUAAAGAUGAGCUACUUCCAGUAAAAUCUAGAUUAGUUCAAUGUAAAAUUCCUGUUGCAGCGGAAAAACUUACUGAUUAUGCCAUCCAACUAUUAAUGAUGCAUAAUGAACCAGAAUUGUACAACAAAGUGACCGUCGAAAAAACAUUUAAUGCUUUUUUUGAAAUGUAUGUUAAUAUAAUUGAGGACAACUAUGGAUAUCGACUAACAAGAGAAUUUGGUUUAGCUGCUUCAUUUUUCAAUAGUUGUUAUUUCCUAACCAAAAGAAUUGGAGUUUAUCUCAAUUAUUCUUUCUCUGAUGAUAGAUAUUAUAACUUUGUUAUGAUGUAUUCAAAAUUACGUAGCUUGGCUUGCUGUUCAUUUGGACAUCAUCUUACAGGAUUUAAACGUGAGCUCUCAAAUAGAUUAAAUAAAGGAAAUGUUUUUAUUGAAAAUUCUUCUGAAUAUUCUUUGAUUAAAAAUUCAUCCCUUCUUGAAUUUUACAAUGAACUUCAUGGAAUUAUUGGAUCAUUAAAAAAUUCUGUAAUUUCUGGUGUAUUUAAAAUGGUUGUAGCUGAGAUUAUAAAUGAGAUAUUAAGUGAUAUAAUUAGUACUCUUACAAAAAUGAAACCCCUGGCCGACAGUAUUUAUUACGAUAAUAUUGUUCAUAACUUAAACGACUUUUUGUCGCGUAUUGAUGAAAUUUUAUCUAAAUAUUGCGAGUCCACAAAAUUGGCAGAUUUGUGUCCUGAUACUGUAAAUGGAAUUAAUCAAAUAUCUAUCAUUAUGUCUGCUGUUCAAUAUGGUACAGAUAUUACUCAAGUUUCUAAUAAAAACUUGAUUUUCAAUAACUCAUCAAUAAAAAAUGAAUUAGCUACUCUUGUAACUUCAAUCUAUCCUAAUGAUGAUGACAAGGCUAAAAUCUUGGAUCAUUUAAUUUAA